AAGUUUAUCAAGUUUCCAUGGAAACCGAAAGCGCUUUUUAUGUUAGUGAGCGCUACUAGCGCGCAGUGAAAGAGAACCCAUACCCCUCAUGCUCCUCAAUGGCGCAUUGGCCGCUGUUCAGUGAAGGCGGUGGAACUACAGGCAAAGUGCUCUUCAAAAGGCAGGCGCGUGGUGUUGGUGUGAGGCGCGGGCACGUAAGGCGUAUUGGUCGUGUGAAAUCAAUCAACCACUGCACGUAAUUGCCGGGAGUUGCAGGCACAUAAUCUGGAUACGUGAUACUCUGGUUGUGACACAAGAGAAUUAUGCCCACAAUUCGUUGUGUUCUCUGCGCUGCAAAGCAACCACAGGACACGGUUUUCCAGUUUCCCAAACACACUCUCUCCCAGAGACAAUGGAUGACAGUUUGCAAUCUAGAAGAGGUGAGACCAUCUAUGGGAGUAUGUGUCCGCCACUUCGAGAGGAAUGAAAUCAACCUCUCAAUGAAAGUGCCAAGGCUCUCCCCAGGAGCGGUUCCUACACUGCACCCCAACUGGCCGUUCGAAGGCAGACUGAUAGGCACCAUUGGUCCGCCAAAGCAUGGGCCGCCUCAGUCGAACUCAAAACCACUUCGAGAGGUUCCUGAGAGACAGGCUCCUCCGAGUGAAAUCCCAAUGCCCAUCGCUCAUGCUUACACACACAGCAAGCCCGCCGUGCAACCGUUCGUUCAGCCGCUGAUGCAGCCUAUGCCCGAGACGUUCAAAAAGAUGAAGAUCCCUUCGGCGACCUACAGUCGGCUACUGGCCGUUCAGAAUGUUAUGAAGUCUUCGUCUGUCGAGAAGACCAUCGAGCGACUGGCCGUCUGGUUUUUGAGAAAGGAGUCGCGGAUUGAGGCCCGGCGACAUUUGGAAGACGACAUCUCGGCUGAGGAGGUAGACAGGGAGCUGGUGGGCCCGCCGGAGGACGGUAUGGCGGAGAACGGUCCGGCAGAGGGCGCGUCGCCGCCAGUCCCUGUGUCGAACCUGCCGAAACUCUGCCACGACCUGGCUGAGGCGGAGCUUCUCCAGGAGAUGGACGUGCAGCUGGAGUCGGAGGACGACCCGGCGGCGAUCGGCGCCGGCCGGCCCGGCUGCGGCGUGCUGUGUGACGGCGCCGCGCCCUCCCCGCACUGGGCCACUCCCAGCGCGGUGAUCUCAGAGCCGCAGCUGCACCAGCUGCUGGUCGAAGCGCCCGUCCGCUGUCCCAGCUGCAUGCAGCCCGUGGCGCCGGCCACCAACCGCAUCAGCCUCUCCUACUGCGUCAACUGGGUGUGUCCGCUGUGCGGCAUCCCGGCCCGCCCGCCGUGGCACUCGACCUCUGGCAGCGGCCAGGUGACCACGUUUGACGCCGUGUUUGCCGCCGCCGUCACCCUGAGCGGCUGCUCGCCCACCGGUGUCCAGCGGCUCCUCAACUUCGUCAACAUGGGUCGCCUCAACUGUGGCGUAUUCAAUCGGCUCACGGAUGCAGUGGUGUCGCCCGCUAUCGCGGAUAAGUUCGCGGACGCGAUGGAGGCGAACCGCGCGGCGGCGCUGGCGGCAUCACCAAAGGGGCUGGUGGUGGCUGGCAGUUACCAGGUGGACACUCCGGACUUUUCUGUGUCGUUCGGCACGUACACGCUCGUUGACAAUGUCACCGGACUAGUGGUAGCACAGAGCACGGUGCCGCACCGCGGUCCGGGCGCGCCCACGCGACGGGAGGAGUUGGAGACCGUCAGGCGGUGUCUGGCCGACCUGCGGCGCGCAGAGGUGCUCGUCACAGAGUUCAUCUCCGACAGGCACGUCGGCGCCCAGCGGGUGGUUGCACGAUGUCUGCCGGCGGCGAAGUACUCGUACGAUAUCAGAGACGCCGCAGUCGACGUGGAAAAACGGCUAGAGGCUUUCGCCUCCCGGCCGGGCUACAAGCCGCUGAAGUGCUGGAUAAGCUACCUGAAGAACCACUUCUGGUCGUGUGCCAAGGCGGCAAACGGCAACUUCGAGCUUUUCGAGCGGCUGUGGACGAUAGCGGCGCACCAUGUGGUGGGCGUCCACUGUAGGCGGGACGACGGCAACAGCUGCAGCCACGGCCCUAUGGAGGACGCUGAGGAGGGCCGGCCGUGGCUGGAGCCCGGGUCGCCGGCGCACGCCGCCGUCCUUAGAGUGGUGCACGACGACCGGACCAUGCGCGUGGCGCGACACGCCAUCGCGUUCAGACACGAGAGCCGGCUGGAGAUUCUGCGCGCCGUGGACCGGCAGUACACACCCAAACAGGAGCCUUGCACCCUGAGCAGGCUGGUGGCGCGGAAGCGGGCGGCCGUGCUCGACUACUGCGCCCACCUGGGCAGACCGUACGCCAGGAACGGAGACAACGGCGUCAGGCACAUUCGGGCGUACAGCCGGGCCGGCGGCCGCUACCUGACGCGCCCGGUCCGGUCGGCCAAGACGUACCCGCACGUGGCGUCGCUGCUAGCGCGGGUAGCCGAGCGACGGCGAACCACCACCAUCGCCGAACAGACCGUGCUGGCCGCCGCCGGGUAGAGCGGGAGAGAGGAGAGAGGAGAGAGCGCCGGAGAGACGGCAGAGCGCUGGUGAGACUGCGGAUAGGUCACAUUCCAGCCCCUGAGCUCGUAGCGAAACGGAAAACCAUAUCUUUGUGAUGCAUUUUUGUCGGUUUCGCUGUAUUUUGUGCCAAGCAUUCGGUGAUGUCGUGCGUCGUGUAGGGUAGCUGCGUCUGCUGCGGCAGCUGUUGUGAUGUGCUAGGCGGUGUCGGCGUGGGGCGGGGUCCAGCUAAAAGCAUAAGGGUAAUUAUCGACGGUACAUGGUAAGACCUCGAAUUAUGUGAUGUUUUUCGAAUUAGUCAAUGUGAGUGGAAUGUAUUUAAAGAUGCGGAGUGAUUCGAUCAUCCUCACAAUACACACGCUCCUUUGUA